UGUUCAUAAAUAUGAUAAAAUACUAUGAUUGGGAAAGAAAAUUCCGUUAGAUUGGGAAAAUUGAGCAGCCAAAUUGGGGUAUUGAUAUUGGAAAUUGUGGGCAAGAAACCCCAUACAUUAGAUCGAUCCCUAUCUGUUCUGAAUUUUGAUUUUGAUCUGACAGAUAAGGUUGCUGAUAAUGGCAUUUCCAAUGGUUCGAAUUUAUUAAAUUUGAAGGCUCCAACAACUACCUCCAAUGACAACUCUGGCGACCAACUCCGGACUCUGACAACCACCUUCGAUAACAACUCCGAUGACCAACUCCGAGUUUCGACAAUCACCUCUGAUGAUAGAUCCGACGACCAACUCCGAGCUUCGACAACCUUCGUGCGACCAACUUCGACAACCAAUUCUGGCCUCCAACAACCACCUCUGGUGAUCCAACUCCAACACCACCUUCGCGUUAUCAACUCCGACGACCAAUUGGCUCCGAUAACCACCAUCGACUACAAACUCCGAUGAAAAUCAUCUUCGAUGAUCACCUUUGAGUGAGUAACUCCGACGACCAACUCGAGGCUUCGACAAUCACCUUAGACGACAAACUCCGACAACCAACUCUAAUACCACCUUCAUGCGAUUUCGGGCUCCGACAGUCAUCUCCGGCUACAAUUUUCAGCAAAAAUCAUCUUCAAUAAUCAACUUCGACGACCACUUUUGCCUGACCAACUCGAGGAUUCGAAAACUACCUCUGAUGACAAACUUCGACAACCAACUCCAAUACAACUUCAUGUGACUAACUUCAUACUCCGAAAACUACCUCCAACUACAAACUCCAGUAAAAAUCAACUUUGACAACCACUUCUGACUACUAUAAGACUGGUGACUAUUAAAGUAUAUUGUAGAGUUGUUGAUUAUAUUAAAACAUAUUAUUCUGUCUACAUUAAGUACAAUAUUUAUACAUAAUGAAUUCACAUAUCAAAUGAGUGUUAAGAAUAUUUAGACAAAAAAUAUGUAUGUAGUUGAAAGUAUG